AUGGAACCACAAUCUCCCUUUACCAGUCCCAAUUUAUUCCAAACCUCCCAUUCCCGUUGGCUCGCCAUCACACAUCGCGCCCCAUCAUCUCAUUCAUCUUUUCUAUACGGCGGCAAAUCCACCAAGUUCUACUGUCACCCCACCUGUGCUGUGCGCAUUGCUCGCAGAGCCAAUGUCGUGUUCUAUGAUACAGCAGAGCAAGCGCGCCGUGAUGGAUUUCGGCCAUGCAAGCGAUGUAAACCCGAUAAUGCCAGCUUUCUCGGAGAGAAAGAAGAGGUUGCCGCAAGAGUUAUAACGCUGUUGCGAGUGAAGAAGGAUGCAGUGGCGAUGAAGUGGGGGUUGAAGGAGUUGGCGCAAGAGGUUGGAGUUUCGCCGAGUUAUCUUUGUCGCGCAUUUAAGAAGACAAUGGGGGUUACGGUUGGGGCGUAUAUUAUGGAGUUUGAAAAGGAGAUUAGUCACGGCGAAGGGGGGAGUUCGGUUUAA